CUGAAGCAAAGUUCUUAACCCGAGGUACUAUUUCUGGGUUAGCGGAGUCUGUAACCUGAAGCGUCUGUAACCUGAAGCGUAGGUAACCCGAGCUACCACUGUACUUUUUUCCAGACGACUAGGAGUUAACAUAACAGAGUUGCGGAUCCUAGAGAGGCUGGGGAAAAAUAAGUACACAGCGCAGGGCAUCUUCCUCUUCCGCCUCCCGCUUCUCUCCCUCACACUGUGCUGCGAAAUAGCCUUUAGGUCUGGAGCCUCCGCUGCCGGUUGCAUUCCUGGCUGCGGGUGCAAUGCAAAGAAAAAGGGCCGUGUGGAGCGGGUAAGCUAAAGCAAGGAAGGAGAGACAGAAAGCUUAGGAGGAAACAGCUGCUGGGCGGCAGCGGGGCACAGAUUUCUGCAGCCGCCAAAUGGAGACAAAGAGCUCUGUCUGCAUUUGGCGGCUGCAGAAAUGGGGCUGGAAGGGAGCUUCUGAGGGAGAUUCCAGGCAGGUGUUUGUUUUCUUGGGGAGGGGCUGCAGCUCAGUGGUUAGAGCCUCUGCUUUGCAUGCAGAAGGUCCCAGGUCCAAUCCCUGGGGCUGGGAAACAGCUCUGUCCGAAACUGCGAAGCUGCUCUAGGAGGUCCCUUCAGCCAAGGUCCCUUCAGCCCCCCCCCCUAAAAUAUUUGAGGGCCUCCUCCCUAAGUUGAUGGGCAUUGUCAUUCAAACGGUGUGCGCGCGCCAUGUAAUCAGUUAUGUGGGGUGGGGCUUAUCUGUCGUCGUCCCCCCCCCCCCAUAUUUUAUUCAAGCUGGUACACCUGGAAGCUGCUGUCAGUGUUGACAAUAAUGAGCUGGAUGGACCUGACUCGCUAUAAGGCAGCUUACCAUGUGAGAUCAUGGCUAGCAGCCACUGACAGCCUUACCCACUGUGAAUUUGUCUUUUCAAACCAUUAGACUGUGGCUUUUUUGUUUUGUCAUGGCAAAGUUAAUUAUUUCAGUUCUGUUUUAGGUUUUGAAUCACAUGUGCACGCUGCCUUCGGAUGGCUUGUCCCGAAAAGCAGCAAAGGAAUACUUGAAAUAAAAUAAAGAGAGCAAAAAAAAAAAAAGGGUGGGGCAAUAACAUGGAGGUAAUGAAACAUCACAAAUAAACAACUGAUACAAAUGCAUCUGUGGUGUGUUUUUUGUCAUUUUUCUUAGCAACAACUCUGGAGAGGAAACAUCUAAUUCUAGAUAUUGCACUCCAAAAGAAAAACAAAUGUAUAAAAACCAGGAACUCUUCAACUCAAUAGCUGUUCCAGUUUAGUCCAAACCAGGAAACUGUGGUUAAUGGUUUCAGAACAAGCAGGGUAUAAACCCAUUGUUUGAAGCUGGCUAAAUAUCUUGGUUUGUUGUGAAGCUUUUAAUCAUGGCUUCCUGGUUUCAGUUGAAAUGGAAACUAUAGUGAGUUAAAGAAAUCCUGACUUAUUUGCUGGCUCCUGCAAACAGAGGAGUAAAGAGGCUGCCCAAAGUUUUGUUUAUAUCACCUUUGUUAAAUCAAUAUAUGAUCAUUGGAAACAUCUAAAUGUAAAGCAUCGUCCCGUGUUUUCUGUUUUGUUCCAGAAGGUGAUGACUUAGACAAGCAGGAGGAAGAUCUUUCACUAGAAAGGUGUGAGCUUCCCCAGCCUAUUAUCAUCCAAAAGCGGCAAAAGUUCUGGAGUUGAAGAGAUGCCGGGAAGUCAACAGGGACAAAAAAGACAACCUGAAAAGGCAACAGAAGGAGCUUUCCUUUGUGAAGAUGGAGAUAGUAGUUUAAAUGAAAGUACAUUACAAGAAGGAAUCCUCAUAAGUAAAGGGGGAAAUAUGGGCACAGACUGUGGAAAAAGCCUCCAUCAGAGUUUUGAGUUUCUUGAGGAUGAGAGUGUGGAGACAGGGGGACAUCAAUAUAAAUGCUCAACAUGCUGGGAAACUUUCCAUGACAGAACCCACUUGGAUACACAUGAGAGAAUCCACACAGGAGAUAAACCAUACGAAUGCACAGAUUGUGGGAAAAGCUUUAGCACGAGCUAUGGGUUUAUUGAUCAUAUAAGAGUACACACAGAGGAGAAACCAUAUAUGUGUUCAGACUGCGGUCAGUGCUUCCAUCUGAAAUCAAACCUUACUGCACACAAGAGAACCCACACAGCAGAGAACCCCUACGAGUGCUCUGAAUGCGGGCAAAGCUUUGGUAAGAAAUCACAUCUUGUCACGCACGAGAGGACCCACACUGGAGAGAAACCCUAUCAGUGCUCAGAUUGUGGGAAGAGCUUCAGCCAGAAAGGAAAUCUCGUUUCCCACAUGAGGAUCCACACAGGGGAGAAGCCAUAUAAAUGUUCCCAGUGUGGCAAAUGCUUCUCUCAUUGCACUUCACUGAUGAUGCAUGUGAGAACUCACACAGGGGAGAAACCUUACAAAUGCUCCAUCUGUGAAAAAAGCUUUGUCAACAAGGGAAACCUUGUUUCACAUGUGAGAAUCCACACAGGGGAAAAGCCCUAUGAAUGCAGAGAUUGUGGGAAAAGCUUUAGCACCAGCUUUCAGUUUAUAGAGCAUAAAAGGCUACACACGGGGGAGAAACCUUACAUGUGCUCAGACUGUGGGCAAAGCUUCAAUUCAAAAUCAAACCUCAUCACACACAAGAGAACCCACACAGGAGAGAAGCCCUAUCAGUGUACUGUGUGUGGGAAAGGCUUCCGGGUUAAAUCAUCCCUUACUAAACAUGUGAGAAUCCAUACAGGGGAGAAGCCCUACAAAUGUCCUGAGUGUGGGAAAAGCUUCAACACUAGCUCCCUGCUUGUGAAUCACAAAAGGGUUCAUACAGGAGAGAAGCCGUAUAAAUGCUCAGGAUGCGGGAGAAGCUUCCGUCAGAAAGGAAACCUUGUUUCACAUAUGAGAAUCCAUACAGGGGAGAAGCCAUACCGGUGUACUGACUGUGAUAAAAGCUUCAUUGAUAAAAAGUCGCUUAUUAAGCACAAGAGAACACAUACGGGAGAGAGAGUUUAUGAUGGUAAAGAUGGUGGGCAACGCUUCAGGUGCAACUCGGUGCUUUCGUAGCACAGUAUAAUUCACUGGGCCUGACUGGACAAAGCCUCUCCUUGGUCUGACCUACAAAUGCAGGGUAGGAGGGAGACUGCAGACUUGGUGCUUUCUCACUGACUCAGCAUUUCUUCCCCACCUCCGGCAUCACCAGACGUCCACAUGGGACCAUGUAUUAAAAUAUGGAUGUAUACUUGGGUUGAAUUUGUGUGGUCAGUACCCAGAUAGAGUGUGGUCCAUUUCUGACCUACAUUGGCCAUAGAAUUGUAGAGGGCAAAGGGACCCUGAGGGUCAUCUAGUUCAGCCCCAUGCAAUGCAGGAAUUUCAGACUGCAUUGGAAAUACUGUGUAUUUCCAAGUGGGAUGUCUCUAGAGGAGGGGUCUGGCAAGGGGUCUGAAAAUCAGGACACCUUCAGGAAUAGCUGAAACAUCCGGGUGUGCUUAGCCUGGAAGAGAGAUUGCGGGAAGAGAGAUAUUAUACCAGUCUUCAAAUAACCACACAGAAUAUGGAACAGGCUCCAGAGGGCAAGAUUUGGGUGGAAAGUGCAGGGAAGCAGAUUUCGGCAAAACAUUUAGAAGACCUAUUCAACAUUGGGGCAAAAUUAAUCAGGAGGUGGUGCUAGGGUUUUUAAAAUCUGAAAUACAGUGGUACCUCCGGUUGCGAACGGGAUCCGUUCUGGAGGUCCGGCCGUAUCCCGAAGCUUUCACAACCGGAGAGACCGCUUCUGCGCAUGCGCGCAUGGCGGUAGACCGCUUCUGCGUGUGUGCGAGCGGCGAAACACUUCCAGGUUUGCCGCUUUCGCAACCCAAAGUUUAUGUUACCAGAGGGUAACGUAACCCGAGGUUCCACUGUAUGUCAUCUGAACCUGUGCACUCUGGAUAUUCCAAUGUUACCUUUUACCUUAACUGUCAGAGGCAGCGCACGCCUCUGAAUACCAGUUGCUGGAAACCACAGAAGAGGAAAGGGCUCUUGUUCUCGGGUCCUAUUUUGGGCUUUCCAUUGGGGCAAAUGGUUGGCCACUGUGAGCAGGAUGCUGGGCUCUUCUUAUAGUCUUAUGCCACACCACCACACGGAUAGUUUCAGAGGUCGACAGCUACCCAAGUGGGCAGGAAGAGAUGGUGUGCUGCCAGCUACACAUGUGGGCAAGAUCAGGGAGAGGUAUUGUCCGAUCUCGCUGUGAUGCCACAACACAUCCCAUUAGAGCAGCCUUCCCCAAGCUGGUGCCCUCCAGAUGUUUUGGAUCACAGCUCAGUCUUAGGCCAGCAUGGCUAUGCAGCAUGAAGAGGAGGGCAAGGGGGGAACUUCUGUUGCCAUUUAGAGCAACUUCUCAGUUGCCCUUAAAUUGGCAUCGCCAGCCACCACUGGCCAUAGGCAGAAGUGCGAUGGGAUGAGAGAUGGGACGCUUACCUUUGUACAGUAGAGUACAUUUGACCCCACAGGCCUGGGGUUCCCCCUCCUGUUUUAAGACCAUGUUGGAAACAUCUGGCGUGCCAUGGGUACGAGCUUGCAGAAACGCAAUGGUGGUAGGGAUCUGAAAUGCAUAUUCUGUUCUUGUUUAUAAUAAUUUGAUGCUGCCUUUUUAAAAACGUUGCUAACAGGAAACACAGUAUUUUUCUGGUCUUUUUGUUCAAAGUGCAUAGCUACUAAGUGAGAAAUAAAUAAAUCUGGCGCGUUGUAACGGAAUGGCACGGCUUAGACCGGGAUGGGGAACCAGCAGUCUGCCAGACGUUGCUAGACCCCAGCUCCCCGAUCAUCUGUGGCAAUGCUGAGUGGGGAGGGAAGGUGAUGAGGCUUGGGAGCCCAAAACAUCUGGAAGGAGUCAGGCUGAGGAACAUGUUUUACAGAGAGAGAGAGAGAGUUCAAUUCCCAGUCUAGAGCAGGCUAGAAAUGUAAAUGCAUCAUCUCACAACUUAAAAUUUAGUAGAUUUAUAUGAAUUGAACUGUAGGUUGGAUGUUAAAACCUUUGUUUUCCUCAUUAAAUUCUACAUUAC